AUGGGCUUUACUGUUGGUUUGUUGAGUUGCUGUGAGGAUAUGGGCACGUGCUGUGACGUUUGUUGUUGCUUUGCAUGCAACACAAGUCGCCAGUGGAGUGCUGCUGAAGGCAUACCCAACAACUGUGGCUGCUGCUGCUGUCUGGGGUCAUGCUUCUUCCCCAUGAUUACCACGUGCCUUCUUCGUCAGAAAUUGUCGUCGAUGUACUUUCUGCAGGAGAAUUUGCUUCUUACCCUACUGAUUGGUUGGUUUUGCUCCGCGUGCUCGGCGUGCCAGACACAUCGCGAGCUCACGUUGCGUGGCGCCAACCCCGGCGGCUGCUGUUGCCAGCCAAGAUUCUCAUCAUUUUCUUUGGUGAUCUCUUUUUUUUUGCUUUUGCUGUUGUUAUGCGUCUUGUGA